AUGGUCUCUGAGACCCCUCCGCAACACAGCGAGCAGAGCUCAGCGCCUGCUACGCAGAAGGAAAAGCUGUUUGGCAGAAAAUUCUAUGAGAGCAUCGGUAGCCCCAAAUAUAUCGUUGCGCCCAUGGUCGACAGAUCUGAAUUUGCGUGGCGCAUGCUCACUCGAUCCUUCAUGCCUCCAGACGAGCCCAAGCCAAUGCUUGCAUACUCUCCAAUGUACCAUGCUCGCCUGUUCGGCGAACAAGAGCGCGUCCGAAACCAAAAUUUCCAACCUACUCGCAAGGUUGUCGGAGGAAAGAAGGAAGAUCUAUUCCUCGACGGAAACCCCGCAAUCGACCGCCCGCUCUUCGUUCAAUUCUGCUCAAACAACCCAGAUGAGUUUCUCGAGGCUGCUCGCCAUGUGGCACCAUACUGUGAUGCCGUGGAUCUGAACCUUGGUUGUCCCCAGGGUAUCGCGCGCAAGGGACACUAUGGAGCUUUCCUCCAGGAGGACUGGGAUUUGAUCUACAAGCUCAUUAACCGGUUACACACUGAGCUGUCGAUUCCUGUUACUGCCAAAUUCCGUAUCCAAGAGGAUAAGGAAAAGACCUUGGAAUACGCUAAGAUGAUUCUCUCUGCUGGCGCUAGCAUCAUCACCGUGCAUGGACGGAGGCGGGAACAGAAGGGCCACAUGACUGGACUGGCAGACUGGGAAUACCUGCGCUAUCUACGAGACAACCUACCCCCGGAAACGGUGAUCUUCGCCAACGGCAAUAUCCUUAACUACGACGACAUCGAGAAGUGUCUCGAAGCGACUGGCGCCGACGGCGUGAUGAGCGCGGAAGGAAACCUGUCAGAUCCCUCAAUAUUCAGCAAGCCACCCCCGAUUGGAAGUGAAGGACGAGAAUACUGGCGGGGCCGGAAUGGCAAAGGCGGUUACCGAAUCGAUGCUGUUCUACGACGAUACCUCGACAUCAUCUAUAAAUACGUUCUGGAGCAGCCUGUCCCAGAGAGGAAGCCUUUGUACCUUCCAUCCGACCCGGUUGAUGAAUUUGCUGAACCCGAGACGGAAGAUAAUGACCAUAACGACGGUCCCCUUAAGAAGAAGCAAAAGCGGAACAAAUCUGACAAGCUCAAGAAGCCCAACUCUGCCAGUCUUGGAUUCAUGCAAGCACAUCUGUUCCAAGUUCUCCGCCCCAUGGUUGCAACCCACACCGACGUCCGAGACGCGCUGGCGAGAUCACGACCGGGCGAUAUGGCGGCUUUUGAGCAUACUUUGGCUCUCCUAGAGAAAGCCAUCAAAGGUGGCCUCCAGGAGUAUGAAGCAUCACCCGAGAAGUUCGAGACCAAGCCCGACGAGAAUCUGACGGGAUCGAAAGCAACUAUUGCUGAAUAUGGACGACCUUGGUGGAUCUGCCAGCCUCAUGUCCGUCCUCUGCCCGAGGAAGCGUUCGAAACUGGAGCGCUUAGAGAGAAGGGCUCCAAGCCUGUUCCCAAGGGUGAAAAAGAACAAACAAAAGAAUCUGGGGAUGCCAAUACUUCUACCUCUGAGGGUACAGUCACCCCUGGCGACGGUGCUGCCGCGGCUGCGGCAAUCACACCUGAUGCUCUUGUGAGCGGAUGA